GCAAAACAGAUCCACUUCAUGCCCACAAUUUCCAUCCCACAUAGGAAAUUGUGAAAGGAAACCCUAGCUUAAAAAAACAAUGGAAAAGAUAGGGAAAGUGGCGUCGGAGAAUGGGGUGGUGAUCUUCAGCAAGAGCACGUGCUGCUUGUGCUACGCGGUGCAGAUCCUGUUCCGGGACCUCGGGGUGCAGGCGGUGGUGCACGAGAUCGACCACGACCCGGACGGGAAGGAGAUCGAGAAGGCGCUGACGCGGCUGGGAUGCAACGGGCCCGUGCCGGCGGUGUACAUCGGCGGCAAGCUCAUGGGGUCCACCAACGAGGUGAUGUCUCUCCACCUCAGCGGCUCCCUCCUCCAGCUCAUCAGGCCUUAUCAGCAGACCUUGUCCUCCCAUGAUUAAUCAUUCCUCAUAUAUCACUUCAAUUCCGAGAAAUUAGGUUUUCUCUUUUUCUAAUGGUGUGUAUUUGUAUCAUUGUAUGUGUGUGUUAUGAGAAUUGAAUAAGACUUGCUGGAUGGGGAGCUAGCCAGGAAGAAAGAAUGAAAGGGUAAUGGUGUGAUUAAUUAGGGCAGGCAAAAUAGCUUUGGAUUUAGCUCAUUAGCUAUCAUCGCUAUUAACUUAUUGCUUUCUUUCAAGGAAUAUUGUUGUUGUUCUAUUUGCUUUUUGCAUAUUAAAUGAAGAUUAAUUACUUUGAUC